AUGAGCAAGCCGACAGACCUGCAGCACGACCUGGAACGAAGCCUCCCAGCCAUAGCAUCCAUCAGCACCUCGUUCUCCCAGAGCCAGGGCUUCUCCCCGUAUUGCUACUUCUCUCCGGAGAAGAGGAAAGCCAUCUCAGAUGUGAGGAGGACCUUCUGCCUCUUCGUCACCUUCGACCUGCUCUUCAUCUCCUUGUUGUGGAUAAUCGAAUUGAAUACCAAGGAUGGCAUUCAGAAGAAUUUGGAGAAUGAAAUCAUCGAGUACAGUUUUAAGACCUCUUUCUUUGAUAUAUUUGUCUUGGCUUUCUUUCGGUUUUUUGUGUUGCUGCUGGCCUAUGCAAUCGUAAAACUGCGCCACUGGUGGGUCAUAGCGGUCACUACAUUGGUAUCCAGUGCCUUCCUGAUUGUGAAGGUCAUCCUCUCCGAGCUUCUGACCAAAGGGGCUUUCGGCUAUUUACUUCCUAUCGUCUCGUUUGUCAUUGCUUGGCUGGAGACUUGGUUCUUGGAUUUUAAAGUCCUAACUCAGGAAGCAGAAGAGGAACGAUGGUACCUGGCAGCCCAGGCUGCAGCCUCCCGCGGCCCCCUGCUCUACCCCAGAGCCCUUUCCGAGGGGCAGUUCUACUCCCCACCAGAGUCCUUCGCAGGGUCGGACGAGUCGGACGAGGAAGGUGCAGGGAGGAAGGCGUUGACAGCUCAGGAGAAAGAAUAUGUCCGACAAGGCAAAGAUGCGAUGGAGGUUGUGGACCAAAUCCUCGCCCAGGAGGAGAACUGGAAGUUCGAGAAAAACAAUGACUUUGGUGAUGUUGUUUACACUUUUGAAAUACCUUUCCAUGGCAAGACCUUUAUUUUAAAGGCUUUCCUGCAGUGCUCUGCUGAAACAGUUUACCAGGAGGUUAUUCUCCAGCCUGAGAAGAUGAUCCUGUGGAACAGAACAGUGGCAGCUUGCCAGAUCUUGCAGCGGAUUGAAGACAACACAAUUGUCUCGUACGACGUGGCAGCUGGGGCUGCAGGCGGUGUCGUUUCCCCAAGGGAUUUCGUGAACGUGCGCCGGAUUGAGAGAAGAAGAGACAGGUACAUGUCCUCAGGGAUGUCGACCACGCACAGCCUGAAGCCUCCGCUCUCCAAGUAUGUCAGGGGUGAGAACGGGCCCGGAGGAUUCAUCGUACUGAAAUGUCCCAGCAACCCCAGGGUCUGCACGUUCAUCUGGAUUCUCAACACGGACCUGAAGACACCCCGAUACAAACGCGGCCACCCCCGGCGCGCGGGGGGCUGUGUCCGCACCCGGGGAAAAGCGCUUCGGCCGUACGAGCUGACCCAGAUCUGGAGCUAUUUGCGGAGCUGCGUGUCGAGUCCUUGGGGUGGCCCAGACAAAAGGCAGCGCAUGAAGGGAGCCGGGGUCUGGCGGAUGGGGGGAGCGGAGCUGGCCCGUUUUCUUCCUCCGCUGAAGGUUGACGUG